UAUCGAUAUAAUAUAAACAAUCUCAUUUUAACUUGAUGCUUCAGACACGAAUUUUCACAAACAAACUUCAAUUUAAUGGAAAAAGCCAUGGAAGCCAUUGCAUUACCAAACAUUGAUGCCUAUAGGCGUUUACUGAACAAGGCGGUGUCCCAGCUGCUGCUGGACAAAGGCGCCGCCCUAGCCAGCAAUCAAUGCCUCGAAACCCUGACACAAAUGAUGCAGGCACUGAUUGUUGAGAUUGGCAAUUCGGCACAUAAUUACUGUGAGCUAGGUGGACGAACCAUGCCUACUGUGGGCGAUGUCAGUUUGGCGCUAAUUAACAUGGGCAUCAAUAUUAACAGCUUGGAGCCGUAUGUGCGCCGUGGCAGCCAUGUGCCGAUACCGCUACCAUCGCAGCAAACGCAACAGCGUCAGCUGAGUCUGUUGCAAGCAGGCAGCAAGGCAAAUCAUCCUCAUUAUGUGCCCAGCCACUUGCCCGCUAUGCCCGAUCCACAUGCCUACAUACGGACUCCCACGCACAAGCAGCCGGUCACUGAAUACGAGGCUAUACGCGAAAAGGCAGCCAGUCAAAAGCGGGACGUGGAGAAGGCUUUGACCAAGUUCCUAUGUAAAACAACGGACACAAACAAUCUCUUUCCCACUGAGGACAACAUGUUUCCAUUAAUUUCCUGCAAGCCUGCCUUUCCGGCAUAUGCAGCUGCCCUGAAUCCCACAGAUCAAGUAUUUGACUUUGAGGAGCUUGAGUAUCACUACCUGGUAGCCAAUCGCACAGAAGAUGUGCCAAGCAAAGAGGAUGGCGAGGAGGGUGACAGCGAAAAUGAGGAGCUGGAUGGCGACAAGUCCAAGGAGGAGAAGCUCGAACUGGAGAUCAAACCCAAUUCAACGACAAAUAAAGCCAUUUUGGAAAACCCGAAUAUAGACAAUCCCUAUUUGCGAGCUGCGACGCUGCCGAAGCGUUCCAAGUUGCAUGGCGAUACUGUUGCGCCACGCGGUAUAUCAACACGUACUCCGAGUUCAGGCACGCCUGCAACUCGAACGCCUUCCACACUAGAGAUAACCAAAACUAGCGUUUAAUAUGUGCAUAGUCAUUUUAUAGUUUGUUAAAAAAAUAUAAAU